UUUGGUGGCUCCUGCUUCCAGAAGGACAUUCUUAACUUGGUCUACAUCUGUGAAUGCAAUGGUCUUCCAGAAGUGGCGAACUACUGGAAGCAGGUUAUCAAGAUCAAUGACUACCAGAAAAGCAGGUUUGUGAACCGGGUGGUUUCCUCCAUGUUCAAUACUGUUUCUGGAAAGAAGAUUGCUGUACUUGGGUUUGCAUUCAAGAAAGACACAGGUGACACGAGGGAGACGCCAGCCAUUGAUGUUUGCAAGGGCCUUUUGGGGGACAAGGCCAAGAUUAGCAUCUACGAUCCUCAAGUAUCUGAAGACCAGAUUCAGCGUGAUCUUGCUAUGAAUAAGUUCGACUGGGAUCACCCUAUCCACUUGCAGCCAAUGAGCCCAACAGCCGUGAAGGAGGUGACAGUGACCUGGUAAGCAGCAUUGCCACUGUAUUCAUUUUCGAAACUAUGGGAUAUCUGGAAUAUACUGCAUAUGAGAGAACAUAAACAGAAAUGACUUGCUUA